AUGGUGCAAGAUGCAGAGAAGUACAAGGCAGAGGACGAGGAGGUGAAGAAGAAAGUGGACGCCAAGAAUGCGUUGGAAAACUACGCAUAUAACAUGAGGAACACGGUGAAGGACGACAAGUUUGCAGGGAAAUUGGACCCUGCGGACAAGGAGAAGAUCGAGAAGGCAGUGGAGGAUGCCAUUAAUUGGCUGGAGAGGAACCAGUUGGCUAAGGUUGAUGAGUUGGAGGAUAAGUUGAAGGAGUUGGAGGGGUUAUGCAAUCCAAUAAUUGCUAAGAUGUACCAGGGUGGUGGUGGUGCUGGAGGCAUGCCACCUAUGGGGGAUGAUGCCAUGUCUGGUGGUGCUUCUACUAGCUCUGCGACUGGACCUGGCCCUAAGAUUGAAGAAUUUGAUUAA